UUUACUGUACAACUUUAUUUGAUGGAGACCAUAGGAAAUCAUAUUUCGCCCAAUAUCACCUCUCUAACACUAUUGUCAAAAGUGUUUGAAGACAAACAUUUGACAAUGUGACAGGGUCUUUAAAAAUUUUGUACUUACUUUGUUGGCCAUCCUGGUUGUUCAUCCGCCAAUUGGGGCACCGCAAGACCCGUCUGUAAAAACAUAAACAUUUUUUUCAUACUGGGCUUAAUGCUAGAAUAAUGAAUGUGAAUAUUUGUGAAAUGUAGUUGACUUCAGUAUGUCAUUUUAAUUUUUAUUUAUAUCAUGGAGAUACCGAAGAUGAAAAUAUUCAUUUACGCUCUAACUUUCUUAGGUUAUGCUUGGAGUGGUUACGGAUCAGGAAUAAUUAAUAAUUUAAAAGACGCUGUAUUGGCUGCUGAGCAUGUCUUCAGCGAUGUUUUACAAAAUGUAAUUACAGUGGCAAAAAAGUUUAGAGACUUUCAUGAUGUUUUCAAUGCAGCUGUGGAGGAAGAUUGUAAAUUCAAGUGCCCAGGAGAUGUGAAGCCUGUCAAAAACAAGUUCCACACCCCGUCCAGCAAUGGCUGUGGAUCUCUGGGCGUGGAGAUCAGCAACGAGUACCUGCCCGUGGGCGACAUGACGAGCUGCUGCGACGAGCACGACCUGUGCUACGACACCUGCAACUCGGGCAAGGAGCUGUGCGACUACGAGUUCAAGAGCUGCCUCUACAAGAUCUGCGACAAGUACGGCAAGUCCGUCGGGAACAGCGCCGUCACGACGUGCAAGACGGCCACGAAGCUGCUCUUCGUGGGGACCUUGGCGCUGGGCUGCAAGUCCUACCUGGACAGUCAGCAGCAGGCGUGCUACUGCAAGCCCGGCGGCAAGAAGAGGUACUCGGGCGCGGAGCUGUGACCCCCGCCCCGCCGACGAGACAUGUUGGUCGUCGAGCAAACGUAUCGAGAAAUUGAAGUUACAAUGCAUGCGUUAACAGGCGGCGGAAAUAAACCGGCGUCCGAAGCCCGUCUCGUGCUUGGAUUGCAUUACAGAGAAAUUUGUGCGUACUGUUGCCAGAUUGACGCUACCGAGCGUGUUAACAUUAAAGUUAUUAUUUUAUAUUGGUGGUUAUUUAUGUUUUUGAUUUUAAUAUUUAUUUUUUAUUUUUCAAAAACCAUAAAAUAGUGUCCGUUGAUGGUAUUGUUACAGUAGUAUACAUUCUGAGGGGGAAAAAUAUAUAUAAAUUCUAAACACCGAAUAUUAUUUUACAGGAGAACAAAAGUGUUUAAUAUUAAAGUAUAUAACCUAGUUUAUGAAAUAAACUGUUGAAACCAAGAUGGCAGGCAUCUUUCUGUUACGUUUCGAUAGAAGUAAGACUUGGAUAUUGUCAAAUGGUGCUCUUGAUGAAUACAAAGAGAAAAUUUAUUUUUAAAAUUCUCAUUCCAAAUUUUCCUUUUAAAAAUAUUUUUUUUUUUGCAUACACUUUAAUAAUUUUCAUUACAAUAUAAAGUUUUGUCUACAACUUAUAUGCUCUUUGGGUAUAUUUGGCAACAGUGCUUACUGAAACAAGUACAGCAGACAUUGUGUAUUGGAAAGUGAGUAAAUGCCCAUUAAAAUGUACACUGCAAUCUAAGGAUGAGAUGCACUAUAGUUACUGUCCUUGAUGCUGUUAGUCUUUAUAAAUACAAGCCUGACAUUGUUUUUUCAAAUAACAGGUGGCAUAGUGGCAAACUUUGCUUCAAAAUGUAACAUGUAGUGCUUGAAAUAUCCUUAGGAAUCGUCCUAAGACCAAAAUUUUGAGAUGACGAUGCUAUAUUUCAAAAUAUUAGGUAAGGCUGAGCCCUUCCCCCCUCCCUCCCUUUUUUUUUUUUUAAUAAAAAAUAUGUUUUCAGUGUUGCUUAGUAAAUACAAUAAAAUAAAAUCAGCUGCAAGCAUAAAUCCAUAAAUCUUUUAGUACAUUUUUGAUUUAAGUUUGCAGUUUUAGUGAAGUGUCAGAGGUUGGAGGGUGUUUACAGUAAUUUAUUCUGGUUUAUUUUAAUUUUUAGUAUUUGUUCUUUCAAGUAUAAGUAUAUGUGCUACUGCUGUACAGAGCUGGCCAGUAAAGUAUGGUGAGUAUGUAUUUGUCACAAUGGCACUUUCAAGAGAGUAUCGUGUUAAGUUUACGGAAAUACAGGGAGUAUUGCAUUUUCACUGUUAUGCGGUACCAACAUUACAUUUACGGGUCUUGGUGCCGGUUGAUUUGUUGAGAACCAGGAUCAACGUAUCACUAAUUUCAAGGUUACGACACAUUAAUUUUAUUUAAAAAAAUAUAUGUUUCAAAAUCAUAGCACAGGCAGAAUUAACAUAAAUAAUAAACAUAAACACAUUUUAACUUAAUUUAGGACAUAAACAGACAUGGCCACCACCGCAGCCAAGUACUUGGCUUUUAUUGGUCACACGGAGCGACGUAAACGUAAGAGCUAAUCCAUACGGGUCAGUCUUUGUCUGCAUGCUACUGCAGAAACACUGUUGCAUGAGAUCCGCUUCCGUUUACAUGAUCCACCUCCGUUUACGUGUCAUUGUAGAACGGGUGUUAGCGUAUUCCUUCUUUAUUUAUUGACUCUGUGGUGUAUGUUUUAGUUUUAAAAUAUAUUUUAAGGGGGGAGGGGGUACUCAUGGUGAUCAUAACCAGUAUUAUGUGAAAGCUUUACUGUUUAGUAUUACGUAGUAAACUGUUAUUACUUGACCACGAGAUGUGAGCUACACUUCUAUCUCCACUCCUGUUCCGUCCCACCUUCGCACUUUUCAGUGAACAGGGGAACAAACACAGAGCUAAGGUUGUUGUUUCAUUAGACGAGCAUGUGUUUGAAAUGAUGUGCCUAGUGCUCUUGCCCUAGUCCAUGUUCAUACACGCUCGUAAUAAGAGCUGAAGGCAGAUCAUUAUUCGUACUCUCACGUCAGUAGUGAUGGAUCCUUUUUUUCUCUUGGGCGCAUUCAGGUCUCGGUCGAACGAUGUUUGACAUGCAAUUAGUUUAUGCAGCAAGCAUGAACAUUGCAGCCAUUACAGUUAAAGUGAACUACCCCAACCUGGUACAAGUUAUCUCACAUCUAUUUCAGGCCAUAGACAAUUACUAUAGCCAAGUUUUUAUGGUUUGAUUUUUGACAAAUGUUAGUAAGAAUUUUCCCGUUAUGGUUCUUAUAUUAAUGAAUGUUUUACGUAUUUCACUAGUAUUGUGCAGCUGCUGACUGGUUUAAAAAUUUGAUUGUACCGUAUCAUUUUUUUUUAAAUAGAAGCCUAAACAUAAAAAUUCAUGAAUUAAAUUUUACGGUUGGAUAAGAGAAAACUAGGUAAUUAGGGUGAAUUUCAUGGCACUUCAUGAAUUGUCUUGGAAAUUGGUUUUAUGUAGUGUGUCGUCUUCCAUUUUGGUAUUAACCAUUGUUCACUUUGUAAUCUUGCCUCUAACAAUCACUUAUGCUACAAUAGCACGAUGAUGAUCAUAGUUUUCAUCUUUUCGGUAAUAAAAAUUGUGAAACGAAAAUGGCACCUGGUUAUGAGACGUGAGGCAGUGGAAUUUUUCGACCAGCAGUUUUUAUAAACAUAAUAGGAAGCAUCACUUUUAAAUACCUUGAGUUUAAAAAACUGCUGCAUUAAAAAGUGUGAUGGAUAUAUUACAGCAAAAGGCGAAGGCUGAAAGUGUGGAUACAAGGAUAAAUAACUGGCACAAGCUAGUCAGUGCAUCAUAAAAAUAGACAACAGCAUAAGUACCCCUGGGUGCACGGACUCCUUGCAUUAGCAGCAAAGUGCAGUCAAUGUGACGUGUGUUGAGUUGCAGCUUUUGACUCUUCAAGCUUGUAUAAAAUUCUAGUCUUAUAUGCCUGGAAAUAUGAACUAUAGUACACACACAAAUAUAAGAGUGACAUAAUGAACUUUUUCUUGUCGGCAACUUAACGCCAACAAUCAGAACUUAUGUAUUUGUGCCUUGUACCUAUUGGCUGUGCUCUUUGAUGCUUGUGUUAAUAGAUUUUGCCUCAGUAUUGUAAGAUGCUUCUGAUUUCUCUUGCCUUUUACUGUGAUAAAACUGAUAGCCACGUAAACCUGACUUAACGGUGAUUGUGAAACAGACAUAGUUACCAUUUAUAUGACGUAUGUUUGUGAGAAGAUAAAAAGAGAUUGUAUACUAGGUUUGAUAGUGAUGUAUAAUGCAAGUCAGGAGUCAAAAAUUUAUAUAUUUCAAGUAGGUAUGCUUGCUAUUUACUUUGAAAAUGUUAAUUAUCAAUAUUGUUUUGAGUAUAAAGACUGGUUGUGUUGCAAGGUCUGUAAAGAUUUUGGGGGCAAAAGUAUUUUUAACUUUCGGGAAUGUGUAUUUUAGUUUAUACAGACACAUUUUCCUCGAGUGUUGGGCUAGCUAGUGUUAAUCCUCUUCCAGUUCCUGGCUGUCAACGUAAGGUGCUUCAAACACCGACUGUGAUUGUGUGUGUUGUGAAACUUUACCUGUUUUUUUUUUCUUCUUUGAAUUUGAAAUAAAAUUGUUUGUUUA